AUGGACGGCCGUUGUCUGUCCCUGCUGUAGGUCAGUGAUGGCCGUGGUGUUUCCUGAAUGUGGAGGAGACCAAGUCAGAUCCAGACUCCAUGUUGGUCGUCAUGGCCUCACUGGAUGGAAGCACACCGGUUGAUACAUUUCUGGCAACGAUCCAUCUGGAGAGGUACCUGGACACCUUCCGUCGAGGCGGUCUCCUAUUGGCUAGAGACUUCACACACCUGGAUCAUGACGCCUUGGUGAGCCUGGGUAUAACAGCUACAGGACACAGGAAGAGAAUCCUACGAUUGGUCAGUCACAUUCAGAGGACGGAGGCUCUAAGAGCCAAUCAGAAAGCUGAUCUCCCACGUGACCGCUGUCAAUCUGUGACAAACUUUUCUUCAUCAGAGCGAGGCCACAGCGCCGCAUCGCUCCAACAGGUGACAGGACCUCCUAACUUCGAGGUGUUCAGGAACAGCUCGGCUCCGAACCUUGCUGCCAUGCUGACCAACUCUGACAACAGCAGGCCGGUGGUGAAGCCAGUUCCUAAACCUAGGACCGUCUUCAAUCGGCGCCGGACAGCACCCAUCCACUUCUGUCCAACACUGGACCCUGCACCGCCUUUACCCCGGAGGCUUUCCCAGGAGUCCAUCUGUUUUACUGUGUUAGAGGGUUUGACCUCAGGGGACAUGCCCACACCUGAUGACAGGUUGACCUCUGACCUCACCGACAAGUCUCCCAGCCGAAGGUCGAGCCAGGCGGAGAGGAGGAGGCCGAGUCGUAGCUUGUCUAUGUCAGAUGCUGGAGGGACGUUACCUCCUGUUCCCCCGAGGCUGAAACGUGGGGUCCCCCCUGCCAUGUUCCAGGGGUCCCCACCCUCUUCUUCCUCCUCUUCACCUGUGCGGACAGAACAGAACCAGACAUCUCCUUUAACUUCCAGUCCCGGUAGUCUUGACAACAGCAGGCUCUCUGGAUCCCCACUGUCUGGUUCACCCAGAGGUGGUGGGAUGGAGAUGGUCUCCAAUGAAAUCUACUGGGGAACUUCACCCGGUUCUACUGCCCCCAUUGGAGGGAGGAGUUACUGCAGCCAGCAGUCCGCUCCUCCGACUCCAGCCAGACAAACACUGGACAGGAACCCCGAGAGGAAUAGUGGCAGCACUUUAAGUAACAACUCUUCAGGAUCAGCCAGAGCUUCAACAGACGACCCUGAGGAGGAGAUCAGCCCGUACUGUGAAACUGUUUUCCAAACCAGAAGAAAUCCACUUACCUUUGAGAGUGAAAGGAGCAGACUGGAGGAAAGAGAGAUGAGGAGGGUGGAGGAGAAACAUUCAGAGGAUCAUGGGUGUCAGAAGUUCUCCUGGACAAAGCGAUUGUCUCAGGCUCUUCACUCCGGAGACUCUCAGGGUUACAGCACCGUCGGAGAACCUCCACCCCCCGUCCGCUGCCUCUCUCUGCCCCCCCACACCUUUCCUUCAGAGACCGACGAGGACUUGAUCAUCUCCCCCUACGCCAGCUACACCUCCCUGACUGAGAGAGCCCCGCCCAUCAUCAGCGGCUGGCUAGACAAGCUGUCUCCACAGGGGAACUACGUUUUCCAGAAGCGCUACGUGAAGUUUGAUGGCAAAAACCUGAUGUACUUUGGCAGUGAGAAGGAUGUCUACCCUAAAGGAGUGAUCCCACUGGCUGCCAUCCAGAUGGCCCGCCCAGCCAAAGACAAUAAAUUUGAAAUAGUGACAAGUCAGAGGAUCUUUGUUUUCAGGGCUGAUAAUGAAGUGCUGAGGAGGCGGUGGGUCGGCACGCUGCAGGAACACGUCAGAGACCAGCUGGUGUUCGGUCGGCGGCGGUUCGGUCCCGGGUCUCACUGUCAGAAACACGGCGUCCUCGAACUGAAAGGAACCAAAUCCAAAGUGUACGCCGCCAUCAACACGGAGCAGAUCUGGCUCUACAAGAGUGAACAGAGCUUUCGUAACGGAAUCGGCAUCACGCUGAUCGAAGCUCGAGGAGCGACCAUCAGAGACGGAAAAAACAAGAGCUUCGACCUCAUCACUCCAUACAAAACCUUCAGCUUCACAGCGGAGUCGGACCGGGAGAAACGGGACUGGAUGGAGGCGCUGCAGGAGUCCAUUGCGGAGACACUGUCGGAUUACGAGGUGGCCGAGAAGAUCUGGUCCAACCGGUCCAACAGGAUGUGUGCUGACUGCAAGGCCCUGAACCCCGACUGGGCCUCCAUCAACCUGUGUGUGGUCAUCUGCAAAAACUGUGCAGGACAGCACAGAGGUCUGGGGACGAUGGUCUCCAAGGUUCAGAGUCUGAAACUGGACACCAGCGUGUGGAGCAAUGAGAUCGUCCAGCUGUUCAUCAUGCUGGGGAACGACCGGGCCAAUGACUUCUGGGCGGCUUCGCUGUCUCCGUCUGAAGAUCUGGACUGUGACGCCUCACCAGAACAGAGGAGAGAGUUCAUCACGCAGAAGUACAGAGAGGGUCGAUACCGGCUGAACCACCCUGCGUUCAACAGCCAGGAGGAGCUGCUCAAGGUCCUGUGCUCGGCGGUCUCUGAACAGACUCUCCUGAAAACUGUUACUCAGAUUUUCUUGGAGGCGGAGUCAGCUCGCCUCGCCAACGACUCCAACUGCUGCCAACAACAUCAUCACCUGCUGGAUCACCCGUCCGCGUCAGACCCCAGUGUGUACGAUGAGAUCAUGCAGCCCGUCCUUCACUCCGGUUACCUCUAUAAGUCCGGCUCGGUCCACAGAGGAACGCUGUCCAAGAAAACACGAGAAGACUUCCAGAAGUUCUGGUGUUCGGUGGAUCAGUCUCUGCUCUUCUACGAGUCGGAUCGAUCAGCUGAUCCCUGCAUGCAGAUCAGUGUUAAAGACAUUGUGUGUUUGGGCAUCAGUCGGCCCGACACCUCCAACAACAACAACGGCUUCAUCGACAGGUUUCGUUACACCUUCGAGUUGUAUUUGACUUCAGAGAAACUUUAUCAGUUUGGUUUGGAGACGGCCGACAUGCUGCACAGCUGGACCAGAUCCAUUGGGAAGGCUGCGACCCCCCUCAGCUGUCACUGCCUGCUGACUCGGGAGUUUGAGCGGGUCGGUCUGCUGCGCUACAGAGCCAUGUUGGACGCUCAGCAGUGGAAGGAGGCUUACUUUGUUCUGCAGAAGUCCAACCUCUUCAUCUGUCCCCGAAACGACGGAGCGGCUGAGGACAUCAUCAACCUGAACCGUCUGCAGGAACUCAGUAUAGCCUCCGAGACUGAGAACCAUGAGAAGAAAGACAUCCUGGUUUUAGUAGAAAAAGGAAGGACUCUCCACCUGCAGGGGAUCGGCCGGACAGAUUUCUCGUUGUGGUACUCGGACAUCCAGCGAGCUGCCGGCGGUAAAGGAAACACUCUGAGGGAACAGCAGCUGAGCAGAAAUGACAUUCCCAUCAUUGUGGACAGCUGCAUCGCCUUCAUCACUCAGUAUGGUCUGGGCCACGAGGGGAUCUACAGGAAGAACGGGGCCAAAUCCAGGAUCAAACUCCUGAUGGAAGAGUUUCGCAAAGAUGCUCGAAACGUCAAACUGCGGAUCGGAGACCACUUCAUCGAGGAUGUGACGGACGUCCUGAAGAGGUUCUUCAGAGAGGUGGACGACCCCAUCUUCAUGGCCGACCUUCACCCGCUGUGGCAGGGGGCCGCCAAAAUCCCUCAGAAGAGACAGAGGUUGGAUCGCUACAAAGAGAUCAUCCGGAGUCUUCCUCGAGUCAACAGGACCACUCUAGCUGCUCUCAUCAGUCACCUGUACAGCUGUCUCAGGCUGGGGAUCUGAUCAUUGAAGUCUAUCUGGAGAUGAAGAUACCAGACUGCUGCAUCACUCUCAAAGUGUCUCCCACUAUGUGCGCUGAAGAGCUGACCAAUCAGGUUCUGUACAUGAGGAACGUCCCGGCCGGAGACAAAGACGUGUGGAUGACGUUUGAGGCCAUCGAAGAUGGACAGCUGGAGCGUCCGUUACACCCCAAAGAGAAGGUCCUGGAGCAGGCUCUGCAGUGGUGCAAGAUGGCCGACCCGAGCUCGGCCUACCUGGUGGUGAAGAGAGUUCCUAAAGGAGAAGGCAUUAACAUCCUCACCUCCUAUAAGAGUGAGAUCAUGAAGAUCGGUCUGCUGAAAUGUCGUGAGGAACCUCCGAAGCUCCUUCAGGGAAACAAGUUUCAGGAAAGAACGUUCCAGAUCAAAGACCACAAACUGCUGCUGCUCAAAGACAAGAAGAGCAUCAAACCGGAGAAGGAGUGGUCUCUAAAGUCCAUGAAGAUCUACAUCGGCAUCCGCAGGAAACUGAAAGCUCCGACCAGAUGGGGGUUCACAGUGAUGUCAGACAAACACCAGCUGUAUCUGAGUUGUAGCUGUGAGGCUGAACUGUGGGACUGGAUCACCAGCUUCCUCAAGGCUCAGAACGAUGACCCGGGUCCUCCGGUGCUCAGGCGUCACUCCUCCUCAGAUAUCUCCAAGCAGAAGUUCGGCACGAUGCCGCUCGUCCCCAUCAGAGGAGACGAGAGCAACAGCAGCAUGCUGACGGCCAAUCAGACACUGAGAAAGUUACACGACAGAAGGACUCUCUCUAUGUACUUUCCCAUGAAGGUACAGCAGGACUCAUUCGAAGAGCGUUCGGAGUCUCCGGACCCCCCCGAGCCACUCUACGAGGAGGUUGGGGACUUCGGCCUGCAGGUCCUGAAAUCUCUAGAGACCAGUUUCCUGUCCAGCAGCACCGCAGAGACCCAGGAAGUCCCAGAUCACCCGCCACUCAGACUGGUUCCUGUGGAGACUGGACACGUGGAGCACAUGAUCGUCCCCAACCCAGUCCGGACCGGCUCGGCAGACCCUCCAGACCAGAGUGGAGGCAGCAGCGACGGAGGUGAUGGAGAGGCAGAAUGCAGCUCUCUGGACUUGAACACCCCCCAGCUGCCUGCAGCGA